UAAAGUGGGGAGCGCGCCCAGGGCCGGCCAAUGCGCUUGGAGAGCAGCGCUCGCCCUACCCGCUGCAGACGGACGUCCCGGCGGCGAUGAGGCUCCCGCUGGCUUUCGCCGUGCUCCUCCUGGCCUCGUCACAGGCGCUGGGCGAGGAAAUGGGAGCCACCGACGACCUCAGCUACUGGUCCGACUGGUCCGACAGUGACCAGGGGAAGGAGGAGCUGCCGCUGCCCCUGGAGCACUUCCUGCAGAGGAUGGCCCGCAGACCCCGGCCCCAGCAGUUCUUCGGCCUCAUGGGCAAGCGGGAUGCCGGAUAUGGCCAGAUCUCUCACAAAAGGCAUAAAACAGACUCCUUUGUUGGACUUAUGGGCAAAAGAUCUUUAAAUUCUGGGUCCUCUGAAGGGAGCAUAGCACAGAACUACGAACGGAGGCGUAAAUGAGACAUUCCCGUGCAUUAUUUAUUAAACUUCAUUUGUUCUAAUGGCCAAUGCAGUGUAAUAUAAACUAACCACUGUAUGAAAUAAUUAUUUAUUUAAUAACUGAAGGGGUUUGGUUUUUUUCGAGUUGUACAUUCAAUAAAAGUAUUAUUUUUCAUAUUGUGGCAGCGACACGUGUUGUGUAGGUGUGUUGUGGUUCUGAGAGGACCAGCAACCCUGGUGAUGUCUCACAACAAAGCACAUGUUUGAUAUGACCUGUAGAGUUAUGUUUACUAAACAAGCAAGUAUUCUUUUGUUCAUUGAAAGCGAGUCUAUCAGCUUCACUGCUAGUGCAGAACAGAACUGAUGUCCAGUCUAGUGCCUCAAUUUGUUUUCAUGGUUUAUUAUGUACUGUAAUUUCUGUAUCAAAAAAUAUAUUUGUAUCAUUGCAGCAUGUUUUAUGUUCUGUGAUUAUGCAUCAAUAUAUUUUAAAAGGGGGGAUGGGUAAUGUUUGAAUGGGAAUCCAAAGUCUUCAUUUCAUAGUCUGGAAUUUUAUGAUAGUAACAUUUUAAAUAAAAACUACUCUGGGGCUUUUGCAACAUA